AUGUCCUACCGCUCCGGCCAGGCCGUCAAGGUCCCUGUGAAUCCGCUCUACUUCGCCAUUCCGGUGACGGUGGCCGCUUCUACGACGCUCGUGUUCCCGACAGCCUCGUUUGUCCUGGCCUACGUCUACGAUCGCCUCGACAUCGGGCUCUGGGACUUGGUGCUAUGCGGCUUGGUGGUGAAGAUAAUCUGCGUGGCCAUCAUCAUUCUGACGGUCAGCACGUUGGGCAACUAUAUUUUCCACUGGACCCUGCUGCCCCCGUGGAUAGGUCGUGACAUGGUCACCAACGCCACCGUCAGCCACUGA